AAGCACCACCAGGGGCGCUACAGACACCACGUUGCUGUCAGUGUGAAGGUAACGGACACUAACAGUCAGGGGGAAAAGACAGGAGGCGAUCAUAUUCCACCCGGACACGUAUUCUGUGACACCGCAGCGUGCAACAGCAAAAGCCUUCCCCUCUCGCUGCUCGGUCUCCAGCAGCUCCCGGUCCCAGCAGCUCUCGGUCCCAGCCGGUCCCGACAACAUGCAGGCGGAGUUCCGGGCUCCUCGGCGGCGGACCCGGGUGCACGAGGCAUACGAGGCUCCGCUGCCGGUGGGUCGCAGCCCGGGGGAGAGGGCUGAGUUCCGGGCGGAGCUCAUCAACCAGCACGUGUUGGUCUGUCAUCGAGACCACAUCCAGAAGAUCCACAACCAGGGAUAUUUUGGGAAAGGUAUCCUUUCCAGAGCGAGACCAGACCACAGCAUUUCCGACAAAUGGGAGGAACACAAAGGUUUGUUUCUACCCGUCGUCUCACAGUCGAGGUACGAGGAGAUGCUCAGGUGGGCGGAAGCAGCUCUCGUCGCUCAGGGAUUGGAUGGCGAGGCUGUCAGUCAAAUCCUGAGCAGUAUUUCUCAGCCUGUAGAGAUGGAGGAUGUUAGGAGGGAGGUGGCAGGGGGGAAGAAUGGGCACAGGGGUGAGGAGGGGCCAGGACCAGAGGGUGGAGUCUGUCUCGGCACAAAGAGGCAGAGGUCAGAGGUUGAGCCGGAGGCCAAAAGAAGCUGCAGGUUGGACCCUCAAGGACUGAAUCUUGAUCACAGCUCAGACCCCAAUCACGACCCCGAUCCUGACCCUAGCUCUGACUCCGACCCCAAUCAUGACCCCGAUCCUGACCCUAGCCCUGACACCGACCCCAAUCAUGACCCUUAUCCUGACCCAAGUUCUGACUCCGACCCCAAUCUUGACCCUGAUCCUGACCCAAGCUCUGACUCCGACCCCGAUCCUGAGCCUUUGGUACCAGGGUCUGGUUUUGUCCUGGUGGUCCGGGACAGUGAGGUCGGUGACGGGGUCCGGGGGGUCAGAACGACUCCGUUCUCUCUGUCAGAGUAUCUGCAGCUCAGUCCGGAGGAGGCCUUCUUCCUGGUCUACAGUCUGGGCUGCCUGUCUGUCUACCUGCACCAGGAGCCCCUGACGAUCAUCCAGCUGUGGAGGAAGUUCCGGUCCCUGAAUCCCGACUUUGUCACCUCAUAUGCAGCUUAUCAUCACUUUCGCAGCAGGGGGUGGGUCCCUAAAGGAGGGGCCAAAUACGGCGUCGACCUCAUGUUGUACCGGAAGGGCCCACCUUUCUACCAUUCAAGUUACUCUGUGGUAAUUGAGCAGGUUGACGAUACAUUCAGAGGUUCUGCGUUGCGUCCAUUUUCAUGGCGUUCUCUGGCGACUCUCAACAGGAUCACUGCCAGUGUCUCCAAGGAACUGAUGUUGUGUUACAUCAUCCAUCCAACCGACCUGACAGCGGCUGAGCUGGACUCACCUGAGUGUCUGAGCAGACUGAAGGUCCAGGAAGUGAUUGCCAGCAGAUGGGUUUCCUCCAAGGAGCGGGCAGAGCAGGAGGACAUCUGAUUGGCCGGACAGGAGAAACUGGUGACGUCACAGUGACGCAAAGUGGCAUGAGGUCACGACGAGACCAACCGAAAUCAGAUUUUCACGUUUCAGUGUGAAUUUACCCGUAUAUUUUUGUAUUAUUAAAAGAAAGUAUGAGAAA